UCCCCCAACCCCACAUUCCCCCUCUCUCUCAUCAAAUCUAGAAUCUUUCUAGAGAGAGAAACAUAUUAUUAUUAUAACAGCUUAAUACACUCUCAAACAGACCCAUCAAAAUCUUGGAAUCAAAUGAGAGAAAAUGAAUCCAAUUGGUUUGCAAAGUGGGAAGAACAACUCCCAAAUCCAGAAGAACUUAUAUCCAUAUCACAAACACUAAUCACACCUGAUCUCGCUAUGGCUUUCGAUAUUGGGACUUCGAACAACCCGCCUAACAACCAUAAUUCGGGGGAGUUUGAUUCGUCUGAGCUGGGUGGUGAUGAGCCAGCUCGGACGCUCAAGCGUCCCCGGUUAGUCUGGACUCCACAGCUCCACAAGCGGUUUGUGGAUGCUGUUGCGCAUUUGGGGAUCAAGAACGCGGUCCCCAAAACGAUAAUGCAGCUCAUGAACAUUGAAGGGUUGACACGUGAGAAUGUCGCGAGUCAUCUGCAGAAGUACAGGCUGUAUUUGAAACGUAUGCAGGGUUUGUCUGCUGGUGGUAGUGGGUUUGGGUCGGGUGGAGACCCGGUGACAGAUCAUUUGUUCGCGAGUAGUCCGGUGCCACCUCAUUUUCUCCAUCAAUCACAUCAUAACUCGGACGGUUUCUUGCAGUAUAUGCCGGUUGCUGCACUUCAACAGCAGCAGCAGCAGAUGGCAGGGAAUCAUGUUCAUCGACAUUUCGGGUCAGCCCAUUUGAGUAGACAGCCCAAUCAGCAUGUCCAUAUGGUGGGGGCUCCGGUUCGGAAUGCUUAUGUGGAUGAUUUGGAUUCUGCAAAUGGGAAAAAAGCUCUGACUUUGUUCCCAGUUGGGGAUGAUGGGUAACAUCUUUAUCUUUGUUAUAGUCUAUGAAAUUGGCAUAUGUUCGAUGUGUUGUACAAUUCCUGUUUCAAUGUAUCAUGGACUCUUGAUUUGAUCUUUAAAGAUAUAAUUACAUGAAGA